AUAGUGAGCUUGGCGACCCUGAAUUACCUGGUUUGUUGGAUUAUGCAUUGGAGCGUCGGUUGAUCAAGUGUUGAUUAAAUAAAAUAUAUACAAAAAACUAGAGAUACUAAAGAAUUGGUAUUAAUACCAUAAGUUUAGAUAUAUAAGUAUUAUUUCAGAAUAUUCUAUGGUGUAGUGUUUUAUGUAUUUGUCUAAUUGAAAUAUUGUAGUUUAUCCAGUUGAAAAUCAAUAGUUAUGUGGCAAAAAAGAUUGGUUAUGCUUACUAAUGUCAAUGAUAAUAAUAAUUAAAUGGAUAGUAUUGUCAUAUGUUCCAAAAAAUAACAAAGAUGUUGCCAACAUAGAUUAAUAACAAGCAUACUGUGCUUUGUGUUAGGCCCUCAAACAAUGUCUGAGAGUUUUAAGAUGGGCCUAUUUGGCUCAAAAGAUAAAAAUAAAGAACAAAAAAAAGAACAAUCUAAAAAAGAGGAUUCUCCAGAUCGUUAUGCACCAUACUGCAUAGAUAGUGAUUCAGAAACUUACGAUACAGAAGCAUUAAGCAUUAUGGAUAUAAAUGACAUUAUUGGUGUACAAUCUGAUCCUGUAAGCGAUUCUACAUUAGAAAGUGAAAUUGCUGCUCUUUCGCAAAUAAUUACCGAUUCAAAAGUAGAGAAUAACCAAACAAAUGUAAAGUCUAAUAUCCACAGUAAAGACAUGGUAGAUAAUCAGAGUAUUAUUUGUAGUGAAGAUCAAGAACUCGAUGAUGAAAGAAUUAUUAUGAAAAAUGAACAACAGGUGAUAGAAGACUCUACGAAUGUUUCUAAUAUAGAUGUUUUUGAUCGUGAUAAUAUUACAUCGCAGUCACAAACUAUUAAACAAAAGGAUAUAUCUGAACAUCUUGAAUCAGGUAGUUGCAUAGAUACUAAUACUAAUGUGAAAACUGAUUUUGAUCCUGCACUUUUGAGCAACGUAUAUACAGUAUCUUCUAAUGAAGCACAUUUGGAACAUGAACCAAAAUCUCAAGAGGAAUCUUGUGCCAAGCACAGUGCAGAUGUUUCACCGGAGUCUACUAUAGAUGAGGUUUUAUCUCAGACUAAUGUAACAGAAAAAUCAAGUACAGUUUCUAAAGUAAAUACUGAUCAAAGCAAGAACUAUAAUAUAAAACAUGAUGUCGAUACGUUGGUUAGCAUGAAAGGUAUAAGUGGAAGUUUACAACUUAUUGGUGAAGCAUAUAUAUCAGAGGAUUCGCAAGAAACAAAUUUUAUUGAAACUGAUUCAAAGAAGGAAGAAUUACCACAGACUUUUACUGAUAUUUCUUUGACAUUUUGUGAAGAAGAAAAAGAUAAUUCAAAUAUCCAAAGUAAUAUAAAACAGAGUACAGAUAACAUUAAAAUUAUAUGUUCAAGUGUUGUGGAGAAAUUAGAAGAUUCUUUAGAAGAUUCUUUAGAACGUAAUAGACAAUUACAAAACUUCAAUAUUAUACCAGAAAAAUUAAAUAUUGGCAAUAAUAAAAAUAUGGAAGUUAUCUCUAAGAAAAAUCUGGAAGAAGAAAAUCAAGAAAACAAAGAAGAUAUAGAUCUUAUAGUCCAAAAAUGCACUGCACAGGAAUUAUGCGGUAUAAACGUUACAAAUUUUGAAUCAAAUGCAAUGAAAGAAAUGGUACAGAAAAUAAAACUUGUCUUCGAUAAUAAAGAUAAUAGUCAUAUGUGUGAGGAAGUAGAAACAAUAAGUGAAGAAAAAUUGGAAACAAUAUGCAUAAAAGAUACUAUAGUUUCAAAUGAAAAUAUUGAAACGAAAGAAAAUAUUGAAAUGAAAGAAAAUAUUGAAAUGAAAGAAAAUAUUGAAAUGAAAGAAAAUAUUGAAAUGGGAGAAAAUAAUGAAAUGAAAGAAAAUAUUGAAAUGAAAGAAAAUAUUGAAAUGGAAGAA